AUGAACUUCCCGGUGAGGCUGGUCUCAGCUUUACGAAUCCUGUUCAUCUUAACGAGUAUCGUCAGUGUAAACUCGCUUGGUCUAUCGGACACGGGCGCCUUACCUGCUUUCGUCUCACUCCAAACCAGAAGCGACCCAGGCUCUCAUCUCGACACAAACGACUCCCACAAAGAUGGAAUAUUUACCCAGGCUGUCCAGAUCCUGGACUCAAUGAAGUCAUCGCCAUCUUGUCACCGUAUCGCCGCAACGAAGCUGGUCACAUCAUGUCAAGAGAUGGGAGGGAAGGAAGCCAAAGGUCGCGAUGAAUACGAGAUGCUAGACCAAACGCGUUCAGUGUAUGCUGCACGGCUUGCGAUCUGCGAGCUCGAAGGCGCAGGCUCUUCAGCCCCGUCCCAAUGCCGUCCUUUGACUGUACCACCCGUGGGGCAAAGGAAUCGCCUCUUCUUCAUGGGCAGAUCGAAGCAGCCCGAGAUAAGCUCGAGUGAGUAUCCUAAAGAAGUCCUCGAGCUAUGUCUCAAGACUCUUGAGUCACGACCCCAGUGGUGGAUCUCUUACAGCAAUAACCGACAAAACGCCAUGGUCAUAUGCCAAGCUGCCAGGAUGGAAAGUGAGAAAGAUGAGCUACUCAAUCUUCAUCGUUCUAUUGUGGACAGCAACAUCAAGCUCAACGAAGGGCUACAUAUUGCACUUCAGAAAGCCGCAAUGGAAUCUGCGAGGAAUGAAGAAUUCUUCCAAGCAGUACAGGCAUUGCAAGAUAAGCUUCUGGUGGAUCUUGAGAGAAACGAUUCGGCCUUUCAGCGAAUUUUUGCCAAGCUUCUACGUGAUGUUGAAGCAGGCAUUAAUUCAGUGGCCGGAACAGCUACUUCUGCUAUGAAGAGAGUUCAAAGCGAAACUACCAGUCUUGAAAAGGACAUCGAAGGUGUUUCUAGUCAAGUUACUGCUCUUCAGGAGGCUUUGAGCACAACACACGAAGACUCAAUCUCACGAAAUGAUCAAUCGCUCCGUGUUUUCGAAGAACAUGCUGUGGUAUAUCAGAACCUUGCUUCGGACUUGCACUUUUCUCUGGAGUCUCUCAUGGGUACAGACUUGCAACGAGUUUCCAAAAGAAUGGUGGACCUUGACACUUCACUCGAAUGGCUUACGAGUCGACUAAUCCGCGUUCUUGAGCACGAAACCGAACUUGCCGAGCGACUCAAAACCAUGGGAGACAUAAUCGAUCAGUCAACUCACAAGGCAAACGAACUCCAGACAGCUCAGCAACAGCAAGCCGAAGCACUCGCCGCUCAAUCUCAAGCACACCGAGAAUUCCAACUCGCCAUAGGAUUGUCGCAAGCUUUGCUAGACAAAACAGCUAUCACUGCAGCUAACCUGCAAGCAACUAUUCAACAAGCGUCUGCUAGAGCGCAGCAGAUUCCACAGCUGGGAGGCUUUAGUCUUUUGUCUCUCGGAGCGACCCUCGUUCUAGCCAUCGGAUCGCAGUAUUCGAAAGUUGCAACUAGUUUACUUUUCCUAGUUUUCGGGCAUAAACUGGCCGUAUUCGCUCUUCAGCAUCUUUGA